CACCAAAAAAGCAACAAACAACGAACAACUAAGUGCAAAGUGAAACCGAAGGACGAAUAAUUUCCUCUCAUUUUCCUCAUCGUCACCAUGGACGAACCCUCCCCGACCGCUGACCCUCUAACGAACCAAUUCGGAUCUCUCAACGACCUAGCUCACGAGCUGGCCUCUCUCCAAGACCUCGCAACGCGCGGCUCCUGGCGUUCCAUCCUCGAUAAAGUUUCCCGAGCCCGUUCACUCAACCUCCUGAGCAACCCCCACGACCACCUCAUCUACCUUUCCUACAACGUCCUUGCCCUCUCAAAACUACGCCGCUUCACCGACGCUUCAAACGAGCUUGACUCUCUCCACGACUUCAAUAGCCACCAUUACAAAUACGAAACCUACCCUCAACUUUACCCGAGCCGCUCCGGUUCAAUGGUCCCCUUCUCUCUCCGGUUCAUCCACGCCCAACUCCCCAUUAAGCUUGGGAAUCGCCAAGAAGGGUUAGAUCGGUUUUAUCUUUUGCUUAAUUUUGUUCGUCAGAGAAUAAAAGAAAAAGAAAGUAAUAGUUUACAAGAGUCUGUCAAAAUUUGGAAAAAAAGGGAAAAUUUUGUUUUAAAUUGCUUGAUUGGGCAUCAUUUGGGGGCUAAGGAAUUCAAUGUGUGUUUAGAUUUAAUUAAGGAUUUGAUCAAUCAUGAUUAUUUGGACCCAGUCCUAAUUUCCAAAUUAGGGUAUAUUCAAAUGCAGAUUGGGGAUCUUGAAGGGGCAAAAGGGUCAUUUAACCGUGUUGAGACGAUGUUAAAUGAAGGGAAGGAUGACGGGUCUUCUUUCCUGGGUGAGGUUGAGUUUAGGAAUCUUGUGAAUAGAAACAAGGCCUUGGUUUAUUUGGUGGGUAAAGAUUAUGUUUCUGCAGUGAGGGAAUAUGAGGAGUGUAUCGAAAGGGAUCACGCAGAUAUUGUGGCAAUUAAUAAUAAGGCACUUUGUUUGAUGUAUUCGAGAGAUUUGUCAGAUUCGAUCAAGGUAUUGGAAAAUGCACUGGAAAGGGUGCCUACAGUGGCGUUGAAUGAGACUUUGGUGAUCAAUUUGUGUAGUAUGUAUGAGUUGGCAUAUGUUAAUCACUCGGAGAUUAAGAGGACUUUGAGUAAUUGGAUUGCCCGAGUUGCUCCUGAUGAUUUUGACGCAUCCUGUACCAGGGUUUGAGCAGAUUUCGAGGACUAAAGACGCAGAGACUUGGUUCAGAGCAGGGGUUUGCUAGGUUCAACCUUUUGUCCUCUCGAUUUUCUGCCUAGUUGGUUCAAUUUAUGGCAGCACCGAAGCCUGUAGAAUUCAUUCUCAUGUAUAGUACCUUAUUUGUGGUUUCCUUUCUUUUAUAAAAAGAGAAUGCAUAGUGAUUUCUUCAACUUACCCAACCAACCCCUAAGUAGACAGACUCAUUUUUUAAAUUUAAGAUUUUGUAACCUCUUGCAUUUCGAUGGAGCUUUGUAAUGAAGGGGAUAUGCUACAAAAAAACGUUCUGAUGGCUUUUUGACCAGGAAUGUGAAAAUGAUGAAUAUUUGUGCUGUUGCUAGAAUAUCUGUUGAUCCUAAUUCA